AUGGAACUCCAUUACUGCAACAACCAUCUUGAUGAAGCACAUGAUGUUACCAAAGAAGACAAGUACAUCGUUGUCGGUUGCUGCCCACAGCCACCGAAUUGCCACCCACAACCACCAGUAAGCUCUCACCUCCAUGCUCUCCCUCUCGUUAAGCUCGUUGGAACAACAAGGAUUAAAGCAGCAGAAGCCGUUAGAGCAACCCCUGUCGCCACCGAUGCUGCUGUUAUGGAACCACCGUUGUUGAUUGUUGAUGUGGAACGAAUCAACAGAAGCCGCCAAAGCUUUCUUCAUAUUCUUCAUAUCCUUCAUAUUCGGUUUCAAAUUCUGCAAUAUUGA